AUGAGAGCGAAGGCCCGUGCACAGCGCUCCAUGGUUGGCAUCCUGCGACGAAUGCUGGCGCUACAGUCCAAGAACAAGGCUUUCCUGCUGGCCGCCAUCGACAAGGUCUCCAACGGAGAAUGGCUCUAUAGUCCCAAACCAGAAGACCAAGGACCUGACAGUCACACCUGGAAAUACCUCCAGGAAGUCCGCAAGCCUUCCAACGCAGGCUACCAUUUCGACCCCACCAGGCUGAACCACUCGAUGAUCGAGAGGCCUCGUUCGUACGCGAAGGAUAUACGCCCCAAUUCUUACCACAUGGACAGAUGGAAGUCCAGCGAGGACGGUGAGACCGACAGCUCUUUCUCUUGGCAGGGAUCCGGGAAUGGUUUAAAUAAGGAGAAUGAUGCCGAAGUAGGCAAGUGGUUAUAA